ACGAGAUGACGAAAAACUGGGAGGAUACCGCGGAAAAUAUCGCCAAUCGCAAGAAGCAAGAGCUGCUGUCGAGGCGACAGGUCGAGGAAGCCCAGAGGGUGAAGCUGAUGAAGGAGCUCGCGGCGGAGAACGCCGCCAACCGGGCGCAGGUCUUAAAGGAGGCCCGAGAGCUGAUACUGCAGCGCAAGCCCCAGUGUAGAUUGAUCAAUCGGGCGCUCCUCGUUUCCGAGGGUUACAGGGUGCUGGAGACUCAAAAAGAGGCGAAGCGCGAGAAGGAAAACGCGGAGAGGAAACUGGAUGAGGAGUGGGCGAGGCACGUGAUCGAGGACGUGGAAAAGUAUCGGUUGGAGGAGGAGGAGAAACGCGAGAAGAGGAUGAGAGAAUUGAAGAAGCACAACGAGGCUUUGGAUAGACAGGUCGAGGAGAAUAGAAGAUCUCUGAAGAAAUUGGAGGAAUCCAUACGAAAGGCCGAGCUGGAGGACAUUCGGAACAUGUCGAACGAGAUAAACGAGAUCAAAGAACGCGAAUUGAAAUUAGCCAGAGAAAAACGCGAGGCACUGAUCAAGAUGUUCGACGAAGCCAUCGAGGAGAGGAAAAAGUACGAGAAGAGGGUCAAGGAGGAGGAGGAGUUCGAGAUGAAAGUCGUCAAGAUAUUCAACGAGAUGAAGACGGAAAUGCAGAGAUCGCUGAAGGAAAAAAUUAAAGCCGCCAAAGACGAAAGGAUGCGUCAAAUAGAAGUUUUGGCCAAGAGACUGGAGAAAAUAAAGAAAGAAAAAGAAGAGCGCGAGGCUUCGAGUGAACAGCACAGAGAUGCGAUAGUAAAGAAACUCGAAGAGCAAAAGAAGCUGGAAGAUCUGGAAAAAAUCAAACUUGCCAAGGAGAAGAAGGAAAAGGCUCGUCGGGAUAUGCAAGAACAAUUGAAGUGGUUGGAGGAGGAGCAGGAGAGGAAGAGAAAGGAGGAGAUGGAAUUGCAACUUUGGGAGGCCUUGCAAAGAUACAAGCGGGACGAGUUCAACAAAGAAUGGAAUCAGCAGAAACGACUCGAAGAGAAGAGCAAGAGAUUGACUUACGGCAAGAUAUUGAAGAAACAGAUGAUCGAGCAAGAGAGGGAGAAAAAAAAGUUGGCCAAGGAGGAGGACGACUCGAAGGCCGUGAAGGACAUGAUCGACACGGCCAACGCGAGGGUCUUGGCUUACGGCGAAAAAAUCAUGAAAGAGUCUCAGGGCGUCCGGCCCACUUAUCCGAUCGUCAAAGCCAUCGAGGAAUUCAAAAGGGACGUCGGUUUGACCCGUCACAAGAGGGACGAGGAGGCCGCCGACAGGACGAGCGUCCCGAAGAGGGACAGAGGCAAGCGGGUCGUUCGUCCCAAGGUCGUCGAAGACCAAGACGCCUUUCAGCUUGGCUGAUCUUAAUCUGUCUUGGCGUAAUAAUAAAAUUUACACUCUAUCAAACGAAAAAAAAAUUCACUUAUCGCUAAAGCUAAAUUAUCGAUUUUA